CUUAAUUAAGUAACUUAACUGCAUCUCCUUUAUGACCUCGACUAAGCAACUUUAACUCAUAACUACUAUCACUUUUUCUUUCACUGUUUUCUAAUUCCGCUCACCGGAGAUGGCUCUCCGGCGAGUAUCCCUGUCACUUUUCCUUCUCUUCCUCCUCAUCUCCGUCAGCUUCGGAAAGAAGCACAAAUUCUCCGGUCCGAUAAAAACCGUGGUGGUGAUAGUGAUGGAGAACCGCUCCUUUGACCACGUCCUUGGGUGGCUCAAACCCUCGCGCCCCGACAUCGACGGCCUCACCGGCACCGAAUCGAACCCUCUCUCCGUUGAGGACGCCGCCUCCCCCUCCGUCACCGUCUCCGACGACGCCCUCUUCAUCGACGUCGACCCCGGCCACUCGUUCCAAGCAAUCCGCGAGCAAAUCUUCGGAUCGAAAGACACAACCGCAAAUCCGGCCCCUAUGAACGGCUUCGCGCAGCAAGCGGAGUCCAUCCUUCCCGGCAUGGCCAAAACAGUCAUGAGCGGCUUCAAACCCGAAACCCUCCCCGUCUACACCAAACUGGCCACCGAUUUUGCCGUUUUUGACAAGUGGUUCGCUUCGGUUCCGGCCUCGACCCAACCGAACCGGUUCUACGUCCACUCUGCCACCUCCCACGGCGCCAUGAGCAACGUCAAGAAGAACCUCGUCCUCGGCUUCCCCCAGAAAACCAUCUUCGACUCCCUCAACGAGAACGGCCUCACCUUCGGCAUCUACUACCAGAACAUCCCCGCCACACUCUUCUUCAAGAGCCUCCGCAAGAUCAAGAACGCGGUGAAGUUCCACGACUACGCCCUCAAGUUCAAGAAGCAUGCCCAGAAGGGGAAUCUCCCGAACUAUGUGGUGGUGGAACAGAGGUACUUCGACGUGGAGGUUUUGCCGGCCAACGACGACCAUCCCUCGCAUGACGUGGCGGAGGGGCAGAUGUUUGUUAAGGAGGUGUAUGAGAUUUUGAGGAAGAGUCCUCAGUGGAAGGAGAUGGCAGUGUUGAUUACAUAUGAUGAGCAUGGAGGGUUUUACGAUCAUGUGGCUACGCCGGUGGAGGGCGUGCCUAACCCUGAUGGGAUCAUUGGACCUCCACCCUAUUACUUUGGGUUUGAUAGGUUGGGGGUGAGGGUGCCCACUUUUCUUAUCUCACCUUGGAUCGAGAAGGGUACUGUGAUUCAUGAAGCAGAGGGUCCAACUCCAUAUUCUCAGUAUGAGCAUUCAUCUAUUCCCGCCACAGUGAAGAAGCUUUUCAAUUUAAAAUCCAAUUUCUUGACAAAGAGAGAUGCAUGGGCUGGUACCUUUGAAAAGUACUUUCACAUUCGUGACACUCCUCGAAACGAUUGUCCAGAAACUCUUCCGGAUAUCAAGACACUAAGGGAUCAUGGACCAAGAGAAGACUCAAGUCUUUCAGAAUUCCAAGUGGAAAUGAUCCAGCUUGCAUCACAGCUGAAUGGUGAUUAUGUACUGAACUCUUACCCAAACAUUGGUAAAACCAUGACUGUGAAAGAAGCAAACAGGUACGCAGAAGAUGCAGUGAAGAGGUUCCUGGAAGCUGCAAAAGCUGCUCUUAAAGCUGGGGCUAAUGAAUCAUCAAUUGUCACAAUGAGGCCUUCCCUCACAAGCAGAGUUGCAGUGGGAGAUAACCAAAAACAUGUAGAAUCAUACUGAUUCUUUCACACACCACUGUAAAUAUAGUAUAUAUUUAGCAUAUUCAAUAUAAUGUGUAAGAAAAAUAAUAUUCAAAUUAUUAGAAGUAUUU